AUGUUUCGCCCGGCGGCUGGGACAGUAUUCCGGUCUGCAGCUCGAGUGUCUUCGUCUUCUUCUCCUGUCGCAAGGACCUUUGGGAAACGAUUCGCUAGCACAUCGCCUGCAAACGCGCGACGGAGUUGGAAAGGCACUGCCUUGAGAUGGGGUAUCGCCAUUGCUGGCGUCUACUACUAUAAUACGAGCCCCGUCUUUGCGGAGCAGCCCCAGCAUAAUCUCUUAAAUCCAAAUCUUGACGCAGUAGACGACGAGCCCAGAGACCACUCCACAUUAGAAGCACUCACCACCGGUCGCGCACGCCAGGCAGAGAAAAAUGCGUCUGUCCUACGCUCGGCAGCUGAUGCUGCGUCCUCCGAGAAUGCCUCGACAACAGUGAUUACCGAGCAUGACAAACCUAUCAACACGGGCGCGGCAGACUUGGAAGAGGAGGCAGCUGGCGAGGGUGCUUUCAACCCCGAGACUGGGGAGAUUAAUUGGGAUUGUCCUUGCUUAGGUGGCAUGGCGCAUGGUCCUUGUGGUCCCGAGUUCCGCGAAGCGUUCUCAUGUUUCGUUUACUCUACCGAAGAACCAAAGGGUAUGGAUUGUAUUGACAAAUUCCAGAACAUGCAGCAGUGUUUCCAGAAGUAUCCAGAGAUUUACAAGGGCGAGCUGGAGGACGAUGAAGAGCUAUCUGCCGGAUUAGAGGAGGAGAGGCAGGAGCUGGUAAAUGAGAUUGCGGAGAGAAAGAAACAGCAGUCAGAAUCACAAGAGCAAAGAAGGCUGUUAGAGGAGCCAGAUCCUGUUGCGCAAGCAACAAACACUACCAAGGGAGCAGCUCCGCAAGGGUCUCAACAACAAACGCAAUCAGACAUAGAAGGUGGAAAAGGAGCUCGACAGCCAGCCGCACCAACGAAAUCCGAGCCAGACUCAAUCCCCAAAGCCAGUACUGAUGCCACCGCAGCCAAUCACCGAAACGACAAGCCGCCCGCAGAGGAAGGGAAGACCAAAGUUAGUGAUGACUCGUCCCACGAGUCGACCUUCUCACCGGAGCGCGAGAACAUUACAGAAGGCCAGAAGUCAGGCGUUGCAAGUGAUGCAGAGAAAAGUUCGUCCGUUUCCGGCCUCCCGGAGUCCGAAAUCGUGCCAAAGGCGGCACAUGAUGCCACAAGCAGUGGCGGCGGUGAAAAGGCAAAGGAAGAUGGACAAGUGGCUGGAGGUCGGGGUGGCCGACAGGGAGAGUAG